GAGGCCCGGCCUGGGCCGCCGUAGACGCGUCCUCCCCCCCACCCCUCUCGGGUGCGGGGCUAGGCCGCUCGCACACCCGGCGGCAGGUGCGGCCCUCGGGUGAUCCGUUCCCGCGCCCAGCUCCACCCCCUCUGGCCGAGGCCCAGCUUCCAAGGGCUAAAAAUACUGCGGGGCUCGGCGGGAUCGCCAUAAGUAGGGCACCGCGCGGGGGUGGCUGAGCUCUCCGCCCGGCCCCCGCCCCGGCCCCGCAGCCUGCGCCCGGCCUCCAGCCCCCGAGCCGCGGUGCCCGCCCCUGCGCAGCCUGCGGACCGCCGGCGUCACCGGAGGACGCCACAGCCUGCUGGAGGCAAGUUUUGCGGGGCCAGGAGGGUCAGGAGGGAGCGCUUGCCGAGCCGGACAGCACCAACCAGCGGUUAGAACCGUGCCUGUGGGGCCAGCAUGAAGCUGAAAAAGCAGGUGACAGUGUGCGGGGCGGCUAUCUUCUGUGUGGCUGUGUUCUCCCUGUACCUGAUGCUGGAUCGAGUGCAACACGAUCCCACACGACACCAGAAUGGUGGGAACUUCCCCCGGAGCCAGAUUUCUGUGCUGCAGAACCGCAUUGAGCAGCUGGAGCAGCUGUUGGAGGAGAACCAUGAGAUCAUCAGCCACAUCAAGGACUCUGUGCUGGAGCUGACGGCCAACGCCGAGGGCCCACCUGCCCUGCUGCCCUACCACACAGCCAAUGGCUCCUGGGUGGUGCUCCCAGAGGCACGGCCCAGCUUCUUCUCCAUCUCUCCCCAAGACUGCCAGUUUGCUCUGGGGGGUAGGGGCCAGAAGCCAGAGCUGCAGAUGCUGGCUGUGUCAGAGGAGCUGCCAUAUGACAACGUGGAGGGCGGGGUGUGGAGGCAAGGCUUCGACAUCUCCUACAGCCCCAGCGACUGGGAUGCCGAAGACCUGCAGGUGUUUGUGGUGCCUCACUCGCACAACGACCCAGGCUGGAUCAAGACAUUUGACAAGUACUACGCGGAGCAGACACAGCACAUUCUCAAUGGCAUGGUGUCCAAGCUACAGGAGGACCCCCGGCGGCGCUUCCUCUGGGCAGAAGUCUCCUUUUUUGCCAAGUGGUGGGGCAACAUCAGUGCCCAAAAGAGAGCCGCUGUGCGAAGGCUGGUGGGAAAUGGGCAGCUGGAGAUUGCCACGGGAGGCUGGGUGAUGCCGGAUGAGGCCAACUCGCACUACUUCGCGUUGAUCGACCAGCUCAUCGAGGGGCACCAGUGGCUGGAGAGAAACCUCGGUGCAACCCCACGCUCUGGCUGGGCAGUGGACCCCUUUGGACACAGCUCCACCAUGCCUUACCUGCUGCGCCGCGCCAACCUGACCAGCAUGCUGAUCCAGAGGGUGCAUUAUGCCAUCAAGAAGCACUUUGCUGCCACUCACAGCCUGGAGUUCAUGUGGAGGCAGACAUGGGACUCCGACUCCAGCACAGACAUCCUGUGCCACAUGAUGCCCUUCUACAGCUACGACGUCCCUCACACCUGCGGCCCCGACCCCAAGAUCUGCUGCCAGUUUGACUUCAAACGCCUGCCUGGGGGCCGCAUCAACUGCCCGUGGAAGGUCCCGCCCCGGGCCAUCACGGAGGCCAAUGUGGCAGACAGGGCAGCGCUGCUGCUGGACCAGUACCGGAAGAAGUCCCGGCUGUUCCGCAGCAAGGUGCUGCUGGUGCCCCUGGGUGACGACUUCCGCUACGACAAGCCCCAGGAGUGGGACGCGCAGUUCCUCAACUACCAGCGCCUCUUCGACUUUCUCAACAGCAAGCCCGAGCUGCAUGUACAGGCUCAGUUCGGCACCCUCUCUGAGUAUUUCGAUGCGCUCUACAAGAGGACGGGCGUGGAGCCCGGGGCCCGGCCACCCGACUUCCCCACGCUGAGCGGCGAUUUCUUCUCCUAUGCUGACCGAGAGGACCACUACUGGACGGGCUAUUACACUUCUCGGCCUUUCUACAAGAGCUUGGACCGUGUCCUGGAAAGCCACCUGCGGGGGGCAGAGAUUCUUUACAGCCUGGCUGUGGCUCAUGUCCGCCGCGCUGGGCAGGCCGGGAGGUACCCACUCUCCGAUUUCACCCUCCUGACGGAAGCGCGACGCACCCUAGGACUCUUCCAGCACCAUGAUGCCAUCACCGGCACUGCCAAGGAAGCGGUGGUGGUGGACUAUGGGGUCAGGCUGCUGCGCUCCCUGGUCAGCCUGAAGCAGGUCAUCAUGAACGCCGCUCACUACCUAGUGCUGGCUGACAAGGACACGUACCACGUGGACCUGGAGGCGCCCUUCCUCCAAAUGGACGACACCCGCCUAAGUCACGAUGCCCUGCCUGAGCGCACUGUGGUCCAGCUGGGCUCCUCCCCCAGGUUCGUGGUGCUGUUUAACCCCCUGGAGCAGGAGCGGCUCAGCAUCGUGUCCGUGCUGGUGGACUCCCCCCGGGUGCGGGUCCUGACGGAGGAGGGCCAGCCGCUGGCCGCACAGAUCAGCGCACACUGGAGCUCCGCCACCGACAUGGUCCCGGACGUCUACCAGGUGUCUGUGCCCAUGCGCCUGCCAGCCCUGGGCCUGGGCGUGCUGCAGCUGCAGCUGGGCCCAGAUGGGCCGCACACACUGCCUUCCUCCGUGCAUGUGUACCUGCAAGGCCUGAAGCUGGCUGUCAGCCGGCACGAUGCGUUUCCCCUCCGUGUCACGGACUCGAGCCCCAGUGACUUUGCCAUCAGCAACCACUACAUGCAGGUCUGGUUCUCAGGCCUCACCGGGCUCCUCAAGAGCAUCCGAAGGGUGGAUGAGGAGCAGGAACAGCGGCUGGACAUGAAGUUCCUCGUCUAUGGCACCCGCACGUCCAAAGACAAGAGUGGGGCCUACCUCUUCCUGCCGGAUGGCGAGGCCAAGCCCUACACCCCUAAGAAGCCCCCUGUACUGCGGGUCACUGAAGGCCCCUUCUUCUCAGAGGUGGUGACAUACUACGAGCAUGUUCGCCAGGUUGUCAGGAUUUACAACCUGCCAGGGGUGGAGGGACUGUCACUGGAUGUGUCCUUCCUGGUGGACAUCCGGGACUACGUGAACAAGGAGCUGGCCCUGCGCAUCGACACGGACAUCAAAAGCCAAGGCGCCUUCUUCACGGACCUCAAUGGCUUCCAGAUACAGCCCCGGCGGUACCUAAAGAAGCUGCCCCUGCAGGCCAAUUUCUACCCCAUGCCGGUCAUGGCCUACAUCCAGGACGCCCAGAAGCGCCUCACGCUGCACACUGCCCAGGCCCUGGGCGUCUCCAGCCUUGGUGACGGCCAGCUGGAGGUAAUCUUGGACCGGCGGCUAAUGCAGGAUGACAACCGGGGCCUCGGCCAAGGGCUGAAGGACAACAAGAUAACCUGCAACCACUUCCGCCUCCUGUUGGAACGGCGAACCGUGGGCAGUGAGGUCCGAUACGAGCACUCUACCAGCUACCCAUCCCUCCUCAGCCACCUGACCUCCGCGUACCUCAACACCCCGGUGCUCGCUCUGCCUGUGGCGGGGAGUCGGGGCUCUGGCUCAGCUCUGCAUCCCUUCCGUCCUCUGGCCUACACUCUGCCCUGCGACUUCCACCUGCUCAACCUGCGCAUGCUCUCUGCUGAGGAGGACUCCUUGCCAUCAGAGGAUGCGGCUCUCAUCCUACACCGCAAGGGCUUUGACUGCGGCCUCGAGGCCAAGAACUUGGGCUUCAACUGUACUACAAGCCAAGGCAAGGUAGACCUGGGGGCCCUCUUCCAUGGCCUAGACGUGCGCUUCCUCCAGCCAACCUCUCUGACGCUGCUGUACCCACUGGCCGCCCCGUCCAACAGCACAGACGUGUACGUGGAGCCCAUGGAGGUUGCCACCUUCCGCCUUCGCCUGGGUUAGCGCCUGGUCCCACAAGUUGCUCCCCAGAGACUGGGUUGGACAGCACUGGGCUCCACCCCAGCACUGACAGACUGGGCUCCGACCUCAUUUGCUGUGUAUUGCUUCUGUGUUUGGGGCAGGAAGGGCCGACACCAGUGACAUGCAGAAAGGAGGUGCUGGGCAGGGUGGGCUGUGCCAAACUCUGCUUUUGUGCUGGAGAGGCUGCCCAGGUGGGCAAGGCCCAGGUGCCCAGCCUUUCCCAGAAUGGGAUUCAGAGGUCUGGGCUGUCAGGUCAGGAAGGCACAGGUGACGACAGUGAGAGCUAGCUCCUGGGGCCCUGUUGACAGAAGAGCAGGGGGCACUGUGACCCCUGUAGCGGUGGGGAAGGAGUAGGAAUCCCUCUUUUCCUAAGGGCCCAGUAGCCUCUGCUUCUGUGAUGGCUGCCAUUGGGCCUGCGUGCUCUGGCGUGGGCCUGCCGAGACGGUCUAGAUACCCACGGCCAGGGGUCAGAGGCCACACCAGGUACUCAUCCCCCGUUUCCAGUCAGGCACCUGGGCUGCCUGUUGGUUUGUGCAGUGGUGUUCCCUUUACCUCACGCACACUGCCCCUAAGCCCCUUCUCCACGGGGCUUCAGUCAUGGCAAGAAAGUGAACCUUCACGACCCGUGUCUCCCCCCCCCCCCACCGUGUGGGCUGCCACACAGUCUGUCCACAGCCUGGCUGUCGCGCCAUCCCCACGCUGUCCACAGCCUGGCUGUCGCGCCAUCCCCACGCUGUCCACAGCCUGGCUGUCAUGCCAUCCCCACGCUGUCCACAGCCUGGCUGUCCCCCCCCCCCCCCAGUCCCCACACUAUCCACAGCCUGGCCGUCCGCAGCCUGGCUGUCCCAACAUGAGGGUCGCCCUAUGACUCUCCCCCCGCUGUCCGCAGCCUGGCCUUGAAGCCUCCCCAGGCCCAGUGGCAGUCAGACGUGGCAGGUGAGACUGUGGAGACUACUCACAAGCCUCUCCUUCAGCUUCAGUUAAUAGAGAAUACUAGAGAUCUGAAGAGACGCUUAGUAAAACCUGAAACCCAUCCCUCAUGAAGACUCUUGAGUAGACAGGAACAUCCUAAUCGAAAUAAAGAUCCGUCAGAAGCAGGCGGGCAGUGGCAUGCUACCACUUCCCACCUCCCAGGCCACCAGAGUCAGAGUGGCCAGGGGCGUGCUGCCAGCAGUGGCGCCUGGCCCUCCUAAUGGUGCUGGGAGGCCACCCCUGCCACUCUUUGUACCCAGUAGAGCUGCCUCCCAAAAUGCUUACAGCAGCUGAACACCCUGUAAGUUGCCUAGUGCUGUCUGUGUUCCAACUGAGAUCGUGGCUCUCCCCAAAGCCAGCCCAUAACUUCAGUGCAAGUGCAGCGAGCUUUGUUGCUUCUGGAAUUCAGGUCUGCCGCUCAAGGAGAGUCCCCAGACAGCUCCCGUGGCGAUUGUGAUAGGCUGGUUUCAGCACCAGUGCAGUAAGAGGCCCUGGUCCCUCCAGAUACCCCAAGGUCCUGGACUCAGUGUGACAUUCCUGUCUCUCAGUGGGGCACCAGAAACACCCAGGCACAUAAGAGUUUCCUGUAUGGUCAGUGUUUUAAGUGGGGAAAAGAUGGAUUAUUUAAUAAAUAGAUGCCUAUUGGA